AUGGACGCUUUGAAAUCCGCUGGAAGGGCGAUAAUACGAAGCCCCAGCAUCGCCAAACAGUCAUGGGGAGGCGGCAGACAUAAAAAGCUUCCAGAGAACUGGACAGACACGAGGGAAACCCUUCUGGAGGGGAUGGUGUUCCAGCUCAAGUACUUGGGGGUCACUAUGGUUGAGCAACCUAAAGGAGAAGAGCUGUCUGCGGCUGCUGUCAAGAGAAUAGUGGCCACAGCAAGAGCGAGUGGCAAAAAGCUCCAGAAAGUCACACUAACAGUUUCCCCUCGUGGAAUCAUUCUUUACGACAGUGCCUCCAACCAGCUUAUAGAAAACAUUUCCAUUUACAGAAUAUCCUAUUGUACAGCAGAUAAGAUGCAUGACAAAGUCUUCGCCUACAUCGUCCAGAGCCAACACAAUGAGACACUUGAGUGUCAUGCCUUCCUCUGCACAAAGAGAAAAGUGGCACAAGCAGUAACCCUAACAGUGGCUCAGGCUUUCAGAGUGGCAUUUGAAUUCUGGCAGGCUGCCAAGGAAGAAAAGGAGAAGAGAGCGAAGUCUGGUUCAGAUGGGGAAGGAGUCAACAGCGCCAAGUCAGACAGCUCUGCAAGCCUUGGCAGCCUAAAGGGAGAGGUGGCCUCAACACAACUUCUAGAUUUGGCAGAAGGCAACAAUUUAACGUUGGUCCACUCAGGAACAAUACAAACUGAUUUGAAUCCCUUUACGGUGGAUAAUCAUGCAACGGAGAACAACAAUACAGUAUGGGAGCUCGAAGAUGGUCUGGAUGAGGCUUUCUCAAGACUCGCUGAGUCUCGCACUAACCCCCAGGUCCUGGACAUUGGGGUAAACCCUCAGGAUUUCUCCACUGAUGAGUGCCUGUCCCCGGGAAAAUGGGACCAGGAAGACACAGACUUCCCAGCACAAAAAGACUCACCGGGGUUCUAA